AUUUUCGGAAACUUCAGCGAAAUUAUCAUUCAACAUUGAACCUCAGAUCGAAAUUAAGAUAAGUGAACAAUAAUGAAGUUCUUUCUGCUGUCUCUAUUGGUGGCGGCUGUCGCUGCAGCCCCUAAGGGUCUAGAGGACAAACCUGAGCCAGCCCCGGUUCUUUUACCUGCACCAGUUUUGCCUGAAGCAGAACCAGUUAUAGUACCAAGCCCUGUACUGUUGCCUGCACCAGUUUUGCCUGAAGUAAAACCAGUGCCCGAGCCAAGCCCAGUUUUAUUACCUGCACCAGUUUUGCCUGAAGUAGAACCAGCACCUAUCCCAAGCCCUGUACUAUUACCUGCACCAGUUCUCCCUGUGAUUGUUCCUGAACCUGAACCCGUCGAAGAACCUACACUACCCGUAAUCGUUGAAGAGGAAUCCGUUCCACAAAUUCCUACUGGUGAAAUUUACAACGAUGGUACUGUUCAAGUAACACUUAACGCUCCUGAACAAAGUUACCUAGCUUCUCUGCAAUCUUGGUUCAGCAUGGUAUUGAACUACAUCAGCAACGGCAUUACUACUACUCAGCAAAUCGUCUAAAAAGUUUUUUUUGUACGACUUUUCAUUUGUUUUAAGAACGAAUUUUAAAUUGGUCACGAUUAAAACAU